AAACCCCAUUAAAUUCUCCCCCAACCCUCAUUCCUCCUCCAAAUAUUAUUUUCAAUCUCCACCCCUCACCUCCACUUCUCUCUCCCUAUAUCUUCCUUGGAUUUCAUCAAAUUAAGUUCAACCUAAUAGCACUAGGAGCAUAUUUUAGCAACCCAAAAUUGAGCUUCGAAUUCAGCUGACUUGAGUGGCGGAGACUCUUCGGUUAGUACCACGCAUCAUCAACCUCGCCUUGAGAGUGCCCGUGAAGGCGGAGUACCUUCACCUUUGUUUAGAAGCUCAAAAUCUAGAUACAACUCCUUUAAUGUGCUUAAUCACUUUGUAAUUAGUUAACUUAAGCGUCGGAGGUUCUUCGGCCGAUACCAGGUUGUGCGUACAAUUAUUAUUGCGGUGGGCUUGCUGGGCUAACUGUUCAUUUAUCAUGGGUGGAUUCAUGGCAUUUUUCUAUUUCUUGCUCUUUGCAAUUUCUUUGGUUCUGGUUCUCCGGUUCGUGUCCAAAACAUCUCUGGUUCACAAAUUCACAAAAUUAGGGCAAUCCUUGGCGGACCGGUUCAGAGUCUACCAAUUCUACAAAAUCCCGCAAUUCAACGAGCACUUCCAAGAGAACCGGCUGUACCGGAAGAUCUCCGUCUACCUCGACUCCCUCCCUUCCAUCGAGGACUCCGACUUCACCAACCUCUUCACCGGCGUCAAAUCAAACGACAUCUUCUUCCAGCACGACGCCGCCAACUCCGCUGUCCACGACACCUUCCUCAGCGCCAAGCUCUCCUGGACCAAUGAGAAAUCCCAGUCAGACGGAAUCCGCUCCUUCGUCUUGAAAAUCAACCGGUCCGACAAGCGCCGUGUGUUCCGCCAGUACUUCCAGCACAUCCUCACCGUCGCCGACGAAAUCGAGCAGCGGAACAGAGAGAUCAAGCUCUACAUGAACCUCUCCAGCGAAAACGAACGGUGGCGAUCGGUUCCGUUCACGCACCCCGCCACCUUCGACACCGUCGUGAUGGACGCUGAGCUGAAGAAUAAAAUCCGGUCCGAUCUCGAGAAUUUCUCGAAAUCGAAGCAGUAUUAUCACCGACUAGGCCGCGUUUGGAAGCGGAGCUUUUUGCUCUACGGCCCCUCCGGCACCGGAAAAACCAGCUUCGUCGCCGCCAUGGCGAGGUUCUUGAGCUACGACGUGUACGACGUCGACAUGUCCAAAGUCGCCGACGACUCCGAUCUGAAAAUGCUUCUCCUCCAAACGACGCCGAAGUCGCUGAUCGUGGUGGAGGAUCUGGACCGUUUCUUGACGGAGAAAUCGACGGCUGUGAGCUUGUCCGGUCUGUUGAAUUUCAUGGAUGGGAUCGUAUCAUCGUGCGGCGAGGAGCGCGUGUUGGUUUUCACGAUGAACGGUAAGGAUCAGGUGGACCAGUUGGUUCUGAGGCCGGGGCGGAUCGACGUCCACAUCCAUUUUCCGCUCUGCGAUUUUUCCGCUUUCAAGAGCUUGGCCAGCACUUACCUCGGGCUCAAGGAACACAAGCUGUUCCAGCAGGUGGAGGAGAUUUUCCACGGCGGCGCGAGUCUGAGCCCGGCGGAGAUCGGCGAGCUUAUGAUUUCGAAUCGGAGCUCGCCGAGUCGGGCUUUGAAGUCGGUUAUCUCGGCGUUGCAGACGAAUGUGGAUAGUAAGAAGGGCGCGAACAAAGCCGCGCAGGCGUUGACGAAUAGUUCGUCGGGUCGGUCGGUCGACGAGUCGGGCGAACCCGGCGGCGUUUUUUGCCGGGAGAGUGUUCACACGGUGAGGGAGUUUAAGAAAUUGUACGGUCUUUUCAGAAUGGGAAGUCGGAGGAAGGAAGAAUCGCCGUUGGAUUCUAGUUCCGCGGAAAUGUUGGAUGGUUCGCGGCAUGAAAGGGUGAAUUCGUAAUUUUACAAGUAUUUCUCUUUAUUUUUUAAAUUCAAAAUACCUAGUCCCAUUGUAACAUAACGCUUGACGAUGGAUUUAAUUUAUUUAUUUUACUGGAAUAUUAUUUUGUUAAUUCAAAAGCUUAAAGGCAAUGACUUCUAUGGACAAUGAGGAAAUAUACGUGCAAAUUUUGAUUUGA